CGGGACUCAGUGACGGUGGUGCAGUGGGCGAGGGAGGUUGUGUCGACCGUUGCUCCUGACACACACACUCGCCGCUUCCGAUCUCCCCGCUGUUGUUCCGUGCGUGACUUCCUGGACUUUUGUUGAAGGACACGAAGUUGAUCCUCCUUGUUUGUAGAAACGAAGAGAGAGACAAGAACGUUACAGUUGAGAGUUUAUUUAUAUUUAUCUCUUCAGUUUGUAUCUUUUUGACUUUGGCGAAGGACACGAAGUUGUUUUAUUUUUAGUACUGACUCAUUUAUAGAAAGAAAGGACAGACAAGAACGCUACAGUAGAUCCUUUAUUUUUCUUAUUAUUUCUUCAGUUUGUGUUCUUCUUUUGAUGCGAACUUGUUUUUUUGUUUUCUCUUUCACGUUUUGAGUUGCGAAAAAAGUGUUGCGUUAAGAAAUUGGUGCUGUAAUUGACGUUAUUAUUUUCUGAUUCAUUGUUUUAUAUUGGUAGUUAUUUUUUGUUAUUAUUAUUAUUAUUAUUAUCGAUAUUGUUGUUUUUGUUGACGGUGGGAAUCUGACCUCACGUGGUGGACUCUAAUUAGGCCCAGCUGUGUCAUUUUGGACAGAUGGGUUCGUUGUGACCGGCCGGCCGCUCGCUGCCCUCAAGUGAUGUCGUCGGGGCGUGCGGUGGCUGUAGCGGUGACGGUGGUGGUGGUGGCGGCGGCGCGGAUGGUGCAGUGCGCGGCCAGUCCCCUGCCCGUCCGCGUGUCUCCCGAUGCGCCCCAGCAGGAGAGGCUGAAGGCUGCCCAUGACCUCCUCGCCUCGUCCCCGCUCAUAGACGGCCACAACGACCUGGCGUGGAACAUCCGCAAGUUCCUGCACAACAAGCUCCACUCCUUCAACCUGUCCAGCGACCUGUCCAAGGAGAAGCCGUGGCGAAACUCAGCCUUCUCCCACACCGACCUGCCAAGGCUCAGGAAGGGACAGGUGGCCGCUCAGGUAAGUUCCGGCUUUGUUCCGUGUGUGUGUGUGUUCCUUUCUAUAUUAUGUUUUAAAUUAUAUUCAGUUUCUAAGCUUCCGAGGCUCCUGAUACUGCCUUGUCACUUUAAACAGACGACUCACACCUUCUUCCUGUCUUCUCGGUGUCUUCCAGAGAUUCUUCAGGAGUUCCGUCGCGGGCGUGUUGCCAGUCUGAUGGGCGUGGAGGGCGGGCACGGGUUGGCCAGCAGCAUGGGCGUGGUGCGGGCGCUCUAUGACCUGGGCGUACGUUACGUGACCCUCACCCACAAGUGCCACACGCCUUGGGCGGAGUGCUCGGAGCAGGACUCACCCCCGCCCAACGCACGCGGCCUCACCCCCUACGGCAAGGAACUAGUGCGAGAGAUGAACCGCCUGGGCCUAAUGGUGGACUUGUCGCACGCCUCGGCCAGGACCGCGAGAGACGUGCUGGCCACCUCCCGCGCGCCCGUCAUCUUCUCCCACUCCGCCGCGCGCGCUCUCUGCAGCAUCGACAGAAACGUUCCCGACGACGUCCUCAGUUCCCUGGCUGCGAACGGCGGUAUAGUGAUGAUCAGCUUCUACAACGACUUCCUGACCUGUACCGACAAGGCCACAGUGAAGGACGUGGUAGCUCACAUUAACCACAUCCGAAGCAUGGCCGGGGUGGACCACGUGGGGCUCGGCGCUGGCUACGACGGUAUCAACAGGACUCCCACCGGGCUAGAAGACGCGUCGCGGUAUCCUAAGCUUUUCGCGGAGCUGCUCAAGGACAACACGUGGUCGCUGCAGGAUUUGAAGAAGCUCGCAGGACUCAACUUCCUUCGGGUCUUCACACACGUCGAGCAGGUGCGGGAGGAGCUGUCGUCGGAGCGGCCCUCGGAGGAAAUCAUUCCCAUCCACGACAUCGACAGCCGCUGGCCCUGCAGGUACAAGUUUGCCAGCCUCGAUGACGCCCGAACCUGACCUUCUUCGCCCCCCUCAGAAGGCUCCCCCGCCAACAGUAACGUCUCCGCUGCCACCAAAAUCCACCAGCUACCCACCCGGUCCUCACUCACUCCACCAACCACAUCGCUCUACCACUUUUCCAUCCCUUCUUCGUCCCCGUCAGAAGGCUCCUCAACUCUCCAGGACGCCAACAGUAUCGUCUCCGCUCUCUCCAGAAUUCACCUCCUUCCCAUCCAAUCCUUCUUCACCCCUUCACCCACAUCGCUCUGCCUUCUUCAUAUCCCUUCUUCGCCCGAGUCAAAGGGAUCCUCAACUCUCCAGGACACCAACAGUAUCGUCUCCGCUGUCUCCAGAAUUCACCUCCUUC